UAUAAAUACUCCAUUCGCUUUCUUUCCCACGAAAACUAUAAUAACAAACAUCACAUAUGUUACAUAUAAUCAACACACGCAUACACAAAACACAAAUAUAUAAGAUGUCUUGUAAUAACAGAGAAUUAUUAAUCGGCAACAAAGUCGUAGUUACACUUGUAUUUCUCUUAUGUUUGGUUCACUCAUCAGAAUCACUUCGGCCACUGUUUGCAUGCGACCCGGCAAAUGAGUUAACCCGGACACUCCGGUUCUGUCAGGUCAAUAUACCGGUCCGCCUGAGGGUUCAAGACUUGAUCGGACGGCUCACCUUGCAGGAGAAGAUCCGCCUCCUCGUCAACAAUGCCGCCGCUGUGCCACGCCUCGGUAUUGGAGGCUAUGAGUGGUGGUCCGAGGCUCUCCACGGCGUUUCUGACGUUGGUCCCGGAGCUAAGUUCGGUGGUGCGUUUCCCGGUGCCACCAGCUUUCCUCAGGUCAUUACCACCGCAGCUUCUUUCAACCAGUCUCUAUGGGAAGAGAUAGGACGGGUGGUGUCCGAUGAGGCAAGAGCUAUGUACAACGGAGGCGUUGCCGGUUUGACGUAUUGGAGCCCAAAUGUGAAUAUACUGAGGGACCCACGGUGGGGCCGUGGCCAGGAGACUCCAGGAGAAGAUCCUGUUGUCGUCGGAAAAUACGCCGCCAGCUACGUCCGGGGACUUCAGGGAAACGGCCCCAACCGCCUCAAAGUCGCUGCAUGUUGCAAGCAUUACACUGCUUAUGAUCUUGAUAACUGGAAUGGCGUCGACCGUUUCCAUUUCAACGCAAAGGUCACCCAACAAGAUUUAGAAGACACAUACAAUGUACCAUUCAGAGCUUGUGUUUACGACGGAAAUGUCGCGAGUGUUAUGUGUUCGUACAAUCAAGUCAAUGGAAAGCCAACUUGUGCUGAUGAAAAUCUCUUAAAGAACACUAUUCGUGGUCAGUGGCAACUCAACGGGUACAUUGUAUCAGAUUGUGACUCCGUCGAUGUUUUCUUCAAUCAGCAACACUACACGGCAACUCCGGAAGAAGCCGCUGCUGCCUCAAUCAAAGCUGGUCUGGAUUUGGAUUGUGGGCCGUUUUUGGCAAUCUUCACUGAAGGAGCUGUGAAAAAAGGAUUGUUGACAGAGAACGACAUUAAUUUAGCACUUACCAAUACUAUAACGGUCCAGAUGAGGCUUGGUAUGUUUGAUGGUAAUCUUGGCCCUUACGCUAAUCUUGGGCCUAGAGAUGUUUGUACUCCAAUCCAUCAACAUUUAGCCCUUGAAGCGGCUCAUCAAGGAAUUGUUCUUCUCAAAAAUGAUGGCCGUUCUCUUCCACUCUCUCCUACGCGCCACCGUACCGUUGCCGUGAUUGGACCUAACUCUGAUGUCACUGAGACCAUGAUCGGAAACUAUGCAGGGAAAGCUUGCGCUUAUACGACACCAUUACAAGGAAUCUCAAAAUACGCGAGGACACUUCACCAAGCUGGUUGUUCUGGCGUGGCUUGUGCAGGAAACCAAGGGUUUGGUGCAGCGGAGAUGGCGGCACGUGAAGCAGACGCAACGGUUCUUGUAAUGGGAUUGGACCAGUCCAUAGAGGCAGAGACAAGAGAUCGAACCGGGCUGCUCUUACCGGGUUACCAACAAGACCUUGUGACCCGUGUGGCUCAAGCUUCUAAAGGUCCAGUCAUUCUAGUCCUUUUGAGUGGUGGACCCAUCGAUGUAUCAUUGGCUAAGAACAAUCCACGUGUCGCUGCCAUUAUUUGGGCCGGGUAUCCGGGUCAAGCCGGUGGAGCUGCCAUUGCUGAUAUAAUAUUUGGUGCUGUUAGCCCUGGAGGAAAACUACCAAUGACAUGGUAUCCACAAGACUACGUGGUAAAAGUUCCAAUGACGUUAAUGGCCAUGAGAGCAUCUGGAGAUUACCCAGGAAGGACCUACAGAUUCUAUAAAGGUCCAGUGGUAUUUCCAUUUGGUUUCGGUUUAAGUUACACUACCUUCACUCACAGUUUAGCCCAAAACCCACUAGCCCAAUUAUCAGUUUCACCUUACAAACUCAACUCUGCCAUUUUCAACUCCUCAUCUAACUCCAUCAAAGUGUCUCAUGCCAACUGCGAAACGUUUCCAAAAAUGCCUAUCCAUGUUGAAGUAUCAAACACAGGUGAAUUCGACGGAACACACACGGUGUUCGUCUUUGCCGAGGCUCCGAGAAACGGGAUAAAAGGACUGGGUGUGAACAAACAAUUGAUAGCGUUUGAGAAAGUUCAUGUCACGGCAGGUGCAAAACGGACUGUUCAAGUCGAUGUUGAUGCUUGCAAGCAUCUUGGUGUAGUGGAUGAGUAUGGUAAGAGGAGAAUCCCAAUGGGUGAACAUAAGUUACACAUUGGAGACCUUAAACAUACUAUUUUGGUCAAACCACAACUUUGACGGAGACAUAUAAAAAGAAAGCAACAAAUAAGGAGAACCUCUUAACAAAGUGUCUCUCUCUCUCUCUUUUGUUUUUUGGGUGAAAGUGAGUGUCUCCCCCUUAUUUAUAUUAUAGAUUGCUUAAUUACUACAGAGAAGUUUCAAUCUGUAUAGAAGCACCAAAGGUCGCUUCUUGAAUUUGCGUUUUUCUUGAAUUUUAUUUUCGUGUCAAUUGCCAAAGAUAUUGUAACUUGUGGGACGUGUGGCUCCCAAUAUAUAAAAGGAGCCCUUGUAAGAAGUUCAAAACUAAAGAAAAAUGAAAUGAAUGACAAAUUUGAUA